CUCCCUAUCUCGCUCUGUCUGACAGACACGACAACCAGGUGUUGCCGAGACAGCGAAUUCAAUCUUUAGCCAUGUUCCAACCAUAGACCAAGAGGCACCAUUAACGGAGAUCACUUCUUGGACCUAUGUGGAGAAUAGAACCUAUGCCACUGUGAUUGAAAGGUGACCGCACUACCUACGUGCCUAUUGUCUAUCGCCAUGGUAUGAGCUGCAGGUUCUAUGGGAUCCAUCCACCUAUCCAAGUGAAAUGAAGGCGCACCAAUGGUGGACCAUUUGUAUCAUUUUCAAGGAUUAUCGUGAAAGUUGUUAAUAUAUGGAAAUCGUUGUCAUGGACCUCAGACGGAAUCUUUUCUGAAAUACCUGGACAUCCAGAGAAUGGUCGUCCCACGUCCCCAUGACAUGACGCAUGACAUCUGCAGUGUUGUACAAACAUGGAGUCCGAAUACACGGAGUUUCAUAUGAAUUUAUGAUGCAUUUUCACUUCAUCUCAUAUCCAAUCCACCGCCACAUAAAGGAAUGUACACUGUUCAGUCAAUAUAUCUUUCAGCGUCUGUCUAAAACUUGAAACAAUGCCCAAGUAUCUACAGUGAUGUUCAGAUUUAACUACCAUCACCUCCGACUACCACGGUCCUGCAUCAGCUACGCCAUCUUGCUCCUAAUUGGGAGUAUUAUUUUGUGCAUUACUAUUAUAAAGUCCCCUUGUAGGUUUGUAAACCUGACUCGAUGCUGCUGUAUUCAAAGUACCAGGCCACCGUCCUCCAAAUUCCCCUUCCCCAGGAACAACAUCAGUGACAACACUAACUUCAUCCUCAACUCCGACCACUGUAGACUUCGGGCACCUGUGUGGAUGGUCAUCGGGGUCAUAUCUCGUGCAAGUAACUUCCAUCAACGACAUGCCAUCCGGCACACGUGGGGGUCAGUUGUCCGUCGAACGCCAGCCAGAAACGUCUGUCUCAUAUUCCUGGUUGGUCUGUGCCAUCCGUCCGUACAGGUGCUGCUAGAGGCGGAGCACAAGCAGUAUGGCGACGUAGUCCAGGUGAACGCAGACGACACGUACCAGAACCUGGUAUGGAAGAGCGUUGCGUUGUUAAAAUGGACGGCCGAGUUUUGUACAAGUUUCAGCUUCUUGUUGAAGAUCGAUGAUGACGUUUUCGUAAAUUUGGAACAGCUCUUCAAUACACUUGAUAUGUUUGAGUCUGUGCCUAGGUUUAUCAUGGGUCAGAUAAACAGACGUAGCCAGCCAAAAAGGAGAUCAAUGUCUAAAUAUUACGUCUCAAGAAACGAUUAUCCCGACGACUUUUAUCCAACAUACGUCGCCGGUGCUGCCUACGUCAUUUCCGGUUUACUGACACGUGACCUCCUGGAGGUGAUUCCAAACUCUCCGUUAGUGCACGUGGAGGAUAUUUUCAUCAAUGGAAUCUGCGCGCAGCGAGUGGGGGCUCUUCUUGUUGGUGACUGCGGUUUCUCCACUCGACAUGUUAAACUCGAGCAUAUACUGUGGUACCCAGAUCGACUCACAUUUCACGGAUAUACCCCAAGUGGGAUGAAAGAACUGUGGAAACAAACAAGACAAGUUGCUUCCAAUUAGUAAAGACAGAGGUCAUAAAUUAUUGCCAAGAAUUUGUCCAGGAUUAUUGCACUCAUAUAGCGACGUGUGUGUGGCUGCUUGUAGUAGUCUGGACUAAUACCGAAUUUAUAGUACUAGACCAUCAAUGCCGAGGCCCAGGCAGGGUAACAACAAAUACCAUCUUUUAAGAUCUGACAAGGCAGGGGAACGAACAACCAGCCUUCCGCUCUCCAGCCAGCUCUAUCCACUACACCACCAAUGGAGUAUACACGUGAAAGGAAAGACAACACUCCAACUUAAAGUAUUGAAAUAUGGGUGGCUUUUUCUUCAUAGAUUCGAAAUCUGCUUAUUGUGGACUAUAAUCAUGACUGGUUUGACCUGUGUGCUAUGCUGAUUGCCACCUGGUGACUAAGCAAUAAAAUAAAAUAAAAAAACUAAUUAAAGCGGUGCUGGCAAGACGACUGAAUUUGGAGUAUUGCUGCCCAUAAAGAAGAAAACUCAGAGCAAUUAAUAAAAAAGGUAUUGCUUUAUUUGUUAUAUAGAUAAACAAGCUAACAGAAUAAUGCCAAGUGAAGCCUAGAUAGGUGGGUGCCUACAUAGCAACUACAUUCAUCUCAGCCUGAAGUUUACAAGACAUCAGCAGCUACCCAUGUGGUAACAAAUCUGAACAGAAAGUUUCUCACUGUGCACCAAAAUGUUAGAUAAAUAUUCCUCUUGCUGGUCUUGAUGCCAUUACUUUCAUAAAUUUUCAAAAGUCCUACAGAGUCAAUUCAAAGAGUUUUAACUAUCAUGUACAUGUAUAACAAUCAACACAUCCCAUUAGCAGAUAUAACUAAGAA